AUGGUCCAACAGUUACUUUUCAGGGCAUAUAAGGCAACCUUAAGAGGAGAGGAUGUCCCAUUCCCUGUGUGACAGGUUCAUUGAUCAACAAUGAAGGCACUUCUGAUCAUUGUCGUGGCUGGAAGCCUCUUCAUACAGCCAACUGGUUCACUGCAGUGCUACACAUGCAACACCCAGGUCAGCAACUCUAACUGCAAAGGAUCAGCAACCUGCGAUGGAAAUGCAAGGAUAUGCAAAACUGAUGUGAUUGGAGUCGCAGGCCUUUUCAACGUCAUCUCUAAAGAAUGUGCCAUGAGCUGUGACCCGUACUUCAAGGACUUCAAAGUGGGCAUGAGGAACAUUUCCUGCUGUGCCACUGACCUCUGCAAUGUCAACGGGGCCUCCAGCUUCAGAAUGAGCUGUGCCCAGGUGGCCUUUGCUGUUUUCGCCAGCUUCGCCUGCAUACUUCUCAGGAGCUGACUGUGAGGGUCAGCACAGAGGGAGAGAGAGUGUGUGUAGCUGUACAGAAGAGAAACAAAAUCUAGAUUCUUUCCCACUAAAGCUACAUUCAAAAUCACAGUCUAGGAUUUCACUGUGUAGAUCUGCUGUGUGCAGUUGCUCUGAAUGAAUGCCAAGAUCUUUGCAGAGCUACUUGUUAAGGAUUGUGGGAGUGGUUGUGCAUGCCCUUCGUAGGUGUUAGGAGAUGGUGUGCAAAUUCCAGUGUAGUGUGCACAUUGUAGCCAGUUUGAUGUCUCUUAGUAUCCUAGCAAUGCAUUGUCUUCAUACACAUUAUAUUUCAUAAGAUUAUGGCUGAGGAGGUACUUGUCAGUUGGGUUCUAUGUCACAAGUAGGGCUACCUUCAACAGCAGCCGACCUUAUCAGGCUCCAAAGCUAGGAAUUGUGGGUUCAAGUUCCAUCUAGGUUUUCUGGAUAAUGUUUGAGACAAGAGCAGAUGAGAACCAAAACCACUGCUUGCUGGAGGGGAAAUGGCUCUGGUCAAGAGUAACUGGGAGGCACCAAACCUUCUGGUGGACAGAGAUAAUCUUACCUGGUGCUCACCACAGGAGUGAGCAUUCCCAUGUGGUCUAGUGACAGAGCCCUGCCAAACAAGAUCUUUUGAAACAUUGGGCAGUAUUUAACUAAAUUCUUGUGCUAGUCCAAGGAUUAGCACUAGCGCAACAAGAUUCCCCCCUCCUCCCCACACUGUCCCCAAAUCUGCUCUGGAGGUUUUAUGUUCUCUGCAUGCAGGGAUAUAGAUAGAUGGAUAGAUGGACAGAUGAGAGUGAGAGUGUGUGAGAGAGUGUGUGUAGAGGAGCAUUCAAUCAUACCUAGAUGAGCAUUACCUCAGCAUAGGUGCCCUAGCCACAUGGCAGAGUUCAUGCGUUGAAUGUAGAAGGUUCUGGCUUCAGUCUCUGCCGUCUCUUGCAAAAGAGAUCUCAGGGAGCGCAGCUGGGAAUGAUCCAUGUCUGAGACUGCAGGGGAGGGCCAAGCCAAUGAAUAGCACAUUGGCACAGUCAUCUUUCAAGCAUUUCAAGAUGGACUCUGUAGAGCUGAGACUCAGAUCUUUGGAGUCCUACAAGGCACACUAGGGAUGGGAGCCACUUGUUGGUGCCUGUUUAAUUGCAUUCUGUCAAACUGCCAGGCAGUUCCAUUUUGGGCUAGUUGCUUUUCCACUAUCCUUUGUGUUUACCAUUUCAUUCCCCCUCCCAAAAAACAACAGUAUUGUUAUCAAUGUUUUCCUUUCCAGAAGGAAAAGGAAAGCAGCUUUCCCUAUACAGUAGGGCCCCGCUUACCGGCGCUUCGCUUACUGGCAUUCCGCUAAUGCGGCGGCUUUCAUUCCCCAUUUUAAAGCCGAUUUUGCUGCUUUUGCGGCAUUUUUGCAGCAUUUUCGAACAGCGCCCCAUUAUUCAAUAGGGUUCCGCUUUAUGCCGAUUUCCGCUUUACGGCGGGGGUCCGAAACGGAACCUGCCAUAUAAAUGGGGCCCGCCUGUACCGGGUGCCCGCCUACCCACUCAAUGCUCCCUCCUCCCCCUCCCAAAUAGUAUUCCUCUCCCCCUCCCCCAGCCCUGGGAGAAAAUGAGAGAUCACUUUGACACAAAGCAAACACCUAGGCUAGUCAGUUGACCUUAGCUAAGCAAAGGCACAGGUUUGUCAGUUUAUCCUUUCCAAAGCAAACACACAGGCUGGUCAGUUUCACCUCAGCAAAGCAAAGACACAGGCUUAUCAGUUUAAGGUUAGCAAAGCAAACACAAAGGCUGCAAACAGCAAGCUAAGCAAAGACAGAGUGUGCAAAGCACAGAGACAGACUUGUCAGUUUCACAUCAACAAAGCAAAGUUCAAUGGGUGUUUUUUUUAAAAAAAAAAAUCCAGUUUUAGGAAAAGCCAGGGAAACUGGCAGCAUUCAGGAUCAAUCUGCUAAGAUAGCAAACCUGCAGACCAUUGGGAAGUUUUGAGCAGAGUCCAAUUUUAACAAAAUUCUUGCCCAUCUCUAAGGUACACAUGCAGGAGUGAGGAAACAGAGAGAAAACUGGGAAGACUUAUUUUACAGGAAUCAUGAAGGGAUUGAGCAUUUUAGGCGGGGCAGUGUCUGGAAAGGAAAAAGGCAAGCUAGCAGGGAGAAUGAGGAGUAGGUGUGGGUACAAUGGGCUGCCUUGCAUCCUUUUGGCAACCUCUCUCAAGACAAACAGGCCACUCUGGACAAGGAAUAAAACCGGUUCUCAUAUGUGCUCACUGCUCAGACUUUAUAGUUGAUCCUGUGUUGCAUUUUUUUCUCACCUUUGUAUUCUUGUUUGCAAGCCACCCAAAAACAUCUUAUGUUGAAGAGCAGCAUUGAAAACCUAAAAGAAAGUAAUAAAGAAUAAGAUUUUUAAGGAACUUCA